AUGGCAGGAGGCAUUUUCUCCCCACUGGGGAGCUGCUCGGAGCUGGAGAAGGCCAACUGCCACCCGCUGGUGUGCCUGCUCUGCCACGAGCCCUACCAGCACCCUUGCCUGCUGGACUGCUACCACAACUUCUGUGCCAGCUGCCUGCGGGGCCGUGCCAGCGACGGCCGCCUGCGUUGCCCCCUCUGCGGGCACCCCUCGGUGGUGAGGGGAGGCACGGGGCUGCCCCCCGUGGACCGGCUGCUGCAGUUCCUGGUGGACAGCUCGGCCGACAGCGAGGAGGACGUGCAGUGUGCCAACUGCGACCGCUGCUGCACCAAGGCGGAGCUGGACACCAUGUACUUCUGCAACACCUGUGGGCAGCCCCUGUGUGCCCCAUGCCGUGAGGAGACCCACCGUGCCAGGAUGUUCACCCGCCACGAGAUCGUCUCCCUCUCCAAGCGCACCAAAGACAUCCACAAGAAGUGCCCACUGCACGAGGAGCCCUACAUCAUGUUCUCCACCGAGAAGAAGUCCAUGCUCUGCAUCAACUGCUUCAGGGACAUGCAGGGGGAGAGCCGGGCACACUGCAUCGACAUUGAGACUGCCUACAUGCAGGGCUGCCAGCGCCUGGACCAGGCAGUGAUGGCUGUGAAGGAGCUGCAGACCUCCACGCGUGAGGCCAUCGUCCUGCUCAAGGCCAUGAUCGAGGAGGUUCGGAACAGUGCCAGCGAGGAGGAGGCGGCCAUCAACUCCCUCUUCAGCCGCAUGCAGGAGCAGCUCUCUGAGAGGAAAAAGACGCUCCUGAAAGCUGUGCAGAGCCAGCACGAAGAAAAGGAGAAGGCAUUCAAGGAGCAGCUCGCCCACCUUGCCUCCCUGCUGCCCACUCUGCAGGUCCACCUGGUGACCUGCUCGGCCUUCCUGAGCUCUGCCAACAAAGCUGAAUUCCUGGACCUGGGCUAUCAACUGAUGGAGAGGCUGCAGAGGAUUGUCAAGCUGCCUCACCGCCUGCGGCCGGCCCAGACCAGCAAGAUCAACAGCGAGUACCGGGCAGAGUUUGCCCGCUGCCUGGAGCCCCUCCUGAUGCUCAGCCCCCGCCGCUCCGUGGUGGGCAGCGCUGGUGGCAUCGGACCUGGCAUCACUGGCACAAACAUGCUCCCCGGUGGCCAAUGCUCCAAGACCCUCAUGGUGCCCAGCUGCCCCCCCAGCAGUGACAAAAUGUCCACCGGCCCCAUGGUGAAGAAGCCGACGAUGCACCGGUACAUCAGCACCAAGGUGCUGCUGGCUGAGGGGCGUGAGACGCCCUUUGCUGAGCACUGCCGCAACUACGAGAACACCUACCGGAUGCUGCAGACAGAGAUCCAGGGCCUGAAGGACCAGGUGCAGGAGCUGCACCGUGACCUCACCAAGCACCACUCGCUCAUCAAGUCGGAGAUCAUGAGCGAGAUCCUGCAGAAGUCGCUGCAGAUGGACGUGCAGAUCGCAGCUCACUACUCCGCCGUGGAGAUGAUGCGCAGCGUCUUUGAGGAGGUUUGGGAGGAGACCUACCAGCGGGUAGCAAAUGAGCAGGAGAUCUAUGAAGCCCAGCUCCAUGACCUGCUGCAGCUGAGGCAGGAGAACAGCUGCCUGAGCACCAUCACCAAGCAGAUCGCGCCCUACGUGCGCUCCAUCGCCAAAGUGAAGGAGCGGCUGGAGCCCAGGCUGCAGGAGCCCCAGGAGCCCAGAGAAGAACAGGCCCAGAUGCUGCUCAAGAUCUAUGACAACAAUGAAGUGGUGCCAAGGGAUGCCUCCCCUGGCAGCAACAAGGGGGCUUCAGCCAGCCCUGGGGAGGGCUUCAUACCCAAGGACACCCCUGGAGACCCCUCCCCAAAAAACAAAGACUGCUGCAAGGCCCAGCAGAAGAGUGGAGCAGAGACUGCGACCCCAAAAGAGCCAGCACCAUAGAGCCCAGUGCUGGGCACGUGGCAGAGCUGCUGGGCAGAACCAUGCCCUGGUGAGUGACCAGCUCCUCUUGCCCAGUGCCACAAGCCAGGGCAGGAAACAGCCACGUCUGCAGCACAUCCAAAGGCC